UACUUAUCAUACAAAAAGUUGUUGGCAGAGUGAGGACGAGCCAGGAAUGUUCGUCUCAGAGUCAUCAGGGAGUCGCUGGAUAAUCGCUCAUGCGGGAACAAAAGAUGGAUUCAUAAAUGGUGCAUUAUUAAUGUUCAAAUCCCAAUCAAAGUCCUCAGAUUACCACGAUGACAUGAACUCUGCAAAUUUCUUAAAAUGGAUGACGGAAAAACUAAUACCUAAUCUACCUGAAAGGUCGCUUGUGGUAAUGGACAACGCUCCUUACCAUUGCACUCAAUUAAACAAAGCCCCUUCAAUGUCAAAUAUAAAAAGCAGUAUGCAGGAAUGGCUCCGGCAAAAGGGUAUAUAUUUUGAAGACACCUGGAGAAAAGCUGUGCUGUUUGAGCUAAUCAAACAAAAUAAAGGUCCACCGACAUUUGCAGUGGAUGAAUUAUUAACACCUCAUGGACACGAAGUAUUAAGGUUGCCGCCUUACCAUUGUGACCUCAACCCGAUUGAGAAAAUCUGGAGCCUUCUAAAAAGAAAGGUGGCGGAUAAGAACGUGGCACAAGAUCCAAAAAAAAUUGUAAAAUUAACUGAAGAGGCCUUUGAGUCUAUUACGGUGGAAGAUUGGACAGCUCAGUGCACGCAUGUCGAACAUUUAGAGGAGGAAUAUGUAAAAAAUGAUGGUCUUAUGGAUAAAGAGAUCAACCGAAUAAUUAUAUCUACGGCUAGUGAUACUGAAACAGAAUCUGAUUCAGUUUCCAUCCACUCUUCAAACAGUGAUGUUCCUAUAGCCGCUGAUCACAAUUAUUCACUAAAACUCUGA